AUGUUAGCAAAUGCCGCGGCAGUAGCUGGUUAUGGUAUUGCAGAGUCGGGGAAGCGGCAGAGGCUGGUGGAGACCUCCGAGCAAGCAGAGGUUCAGAAGUCCCAGGAGGAGGGCCGAGAGCUGUCCAAUCGCCUGGUUGCCGCGGAUUCCUUCAAGACCAUGGAGCUCCAAACUGUGCAGAUUGAGAGUGACAAGUGCAAAGAGCAGUGCAAAGAGCUGGCAUCUCGCGCUGCAGCUGCAGAAUCAACCGUGGUGGAGAUGAUGAAAAAGCUCCGGCAGUUGCAGGAGGAGAAAGGCAAGUACCAGGAGCGCUGUGAAGAACUUGCGAAACGCAAGGCCCAGCUGCAGAUCCAGAAGGCAGUUCUGCAGGAGAGGUGUGAGCAGCUCCGGCAGCAGCUUGAUCUGCGAGAGGAGAUCGGCAUGUACAAGGAGCGCUUUCGUCGGCUGGAGCACGAGCUCACGAUUCGGAGGAAGAAGCAAGACAGCCCGCACACGCACUCGUCGUGGUUCUCGAUGAAGCCAGACUCUGUGAAGCUGCACUGCUUCACACUGGACGCCAUCUUCAAGACGCGCAGCUGCGGCACGGACUUUUUCUUGAUGGGCAGAGACCUGCGGAAAGGAUCGCAGGUCGUGGCCGGAGACGAUGCCACCAUCCUGGAGGUGGCCAAGACCUCGGAGAUCUGCGACGCGACGAACGGCGACUUAAAGGCGGGCGCUGCGACCUUGCACUUCACCCCCGAUCACCUGGUGCAGCCGGCCGAGGAAAGUGGCUUAAAGAACCCACAGGCAGUGGAUGCUGCACGUGAUGUUCCUGUCAGGAACCCCAUGCCGGAGUCUGAAGAGGCGGCUGCGCACAUUCUCUGUGCCGGCGUCCAGGUUGAGUGGCAGUGUGACGCCUGCCGUGCUGCCGGCUUAGCAGAUCGUGCCCAGGUCAAGAAGCCUAUCGUGCAGGAGGACACCGAGGGUGGACUGAUUUGCACCAUGCUAGUUUGCGCCGCACCCGAAGCACCGGAGACCCAGACGGCCACCCUCACCAGAGCCGCGAAGAAGAUUGGCGACAUGGUGGUUCCUGUUUUCCAGAACAAGGUUGCCUUGAAGAUGGGUGACCAGCUGGUGGGGCCGAUGACGGGGGGGCUCUGGCAGCAGCAAGAGAAAGCGCUGAUGGAUCAUUGA